AUGGAGAAUGAUGCAUACUACUAUUUGCUAGCUCUUCUUCCUCUUCUCUACCUGAUUCGGCUCUACAGAGCUUCCUUUGGCCCUCGCAGCCACGGUCUGCGGCUCCCUCCAGGCCCAUGGCAGCUUCCCGUCGUCGGCAGCCUCCACCAUCUCUUUGGCGCCCUCCCGCACCGUGCCUUGCGAGACCUAUCUCGGCGCCAUGGCCCUCUGAUGCUCCUCAAGUUCGGCGAGAAUCCGGUGAUCAUCGCCUCCUCCGCGGAGGCUGCCAAGGAGAUCAUGAAGGUGCAUGACAGCAUCUUCUGUACAAGGCCAAUGAGCUCAUCCGUCAAGGUCAUCAACGAGCUUGGCCGGGGGAUCGCGUUUGCCCCCUAUGGCGACCAUUGGCGGCAGAUGCGCAAGAUUUGCUACCUCGAGCUUCUGAGCGCCAAGCGCAUCAGUUCAUUCCAGCCCAUCCGUGAGGAGGAGGCUACCCGAUUAAUCAGGUCCAUCUCAUCUGCAUCCCAGUCAGAACAGGUGGUGAACCUGAGCAAGAUGCUGGCGAUGUACGUGACGGACACGACGGUGCACGCCAUCAUGGGCGGCCGGUUCAAGGAGCAGGACACCUUGCUCCGCUACGUCGACGAGGCGGUGCGGUUGGUACGCGGCUUCAGCUUGCCUGAUUUGUUCCCAUCUUCGAGGCUGGCACUCGCUCUGAGCAGCACACUGCGCAAGGCCGCGGUGUUUCGGGACUCUUUAAUGGCGUUCAUGGACCGCGUCAUAGGAGAGCAUCUGGAGAGGAAGUCCUCCGAUGAACCGCACCAGGAAGAUUUGAUGGAUGUUCUCUUGAGGAUUCAAGGAGAAGACAACCUUCAGUUUCCCCUCACGAUGAGCAACAUCAAUGCAGUGACUUUCGAUCUCUUUGCAGGUGGGAGCGAGACAGCAACAACGACGCUGCAGUGGGCAAUGGCCGAGCUGAUGCGAAACCCGAGCGUGAUGUCCAGGGCGCAAGCUGAGGUCAGGGCAGCCUUCAUGGGACAAAUGAAGGUAUUUGAGGAGGGUCUCGGUGAGCUGAGUUACUUGCAGUGUGUCAUCAAGGAGACCCUACGGUUGCACACUCCUGGGCCAUUACUGAUGCCAAGGGAGUGCCAAGAAAACUGCAAGAUACUCGGCUAUGACGUGCCCAAGGGGACUACGGUGCUGGUGAAUGCUUGGGCUAUCUCCAGGGACCCGGAAUGCUGGGACGAACCGGAAGCAUUCGUGCCGGAGAGAUUUAUGAGCAGUGUGAGAGAUUACAAAGGCAACAACUUCGAGUUCAUUCCGUUCGGCGCCGGUCGACGAAUCUGCCCCGGGAUGCUGUUUGGGAUUGCGAAUAUUGAGCUAGCUCUCGCAAGCCUUCUGUUUUAUUUUGACUGGAGUCUUCCCGAUGGCAUUCUUCCGAGCGAACUGGACAUGACAGAAGCCUUCGGAGUAACGGCGCGAAAGAAGGUGGAUCUGCUGCUGCGUCCAACUGCACAUGUACAGCUUCCCCGCUGACUCAUGGUCUUCUCCAUUUGUUGGGUUCUUUGCUUUCUUUUUUGUUGCAGUAGCCGUGUGGUGAUGUUGAGGAAGCAAAAAGUAAGAGGAUCCAUGCUCAUGUUUAUUUCUAAUCAAAGUGUAUAUCCAAAACCAGAUUUGGGCUCCAUCCUAUAUGGAAGA